AUGUCUUACAAAUUUCCUUCCCUUCCUCACAAAUCUCCAAAUCAAAAAAACAAAAACGACAAAAACGACAAAAAGAAACUAUAUCCUAUCCAACGUUUCUCCGAUGAUACUUACAAUAACUUGAAUUCAAAAUACAACUCUAUCUUCCAAAACGUUGAUAAAGAUAUUAAAUCUGAAAACGAAUUAAUUCAAUUACACAAUAACCAAAUUGUUUCUCAAUCUGAGAGAAGCAAUAAUCCCAACCCCAACGAUAAUAAUCACAGUAGCGUCACCGAUAACUCGCAAUCAAACGAAAUUUUGAAAAAAGACCAAAUUAUUGAAGAUGUCUUUUACACAAAAAGUUCUGAUGAACUCAUUAAAAUUAACAUUAAUGAACUAAACAGAGAUCCGGAUUUGAAAUGCUCAAUUUUAACAUCUGGUGAAAUCAGAUUCCAUACUGAUCCCCUUAAAGAUAAAAAAAUUAGAGAGCGAUUUGAAUGGGAAUCAAUGGUUCAUUCUGUGGUUACUGGUCAUUUUAUAAACUUGGAAAAGGACAAAUUUGCUAAAAGUUUCCUACGUGACGAUAACAAGUCAAUUAUCAAAAAUGCUCUAAGUAAAAAUAUAUGGAUAGAAUUAAAAGCAAACACCUACCGGAGAACCACCGAACAGCAGUCUAAAUUAAUUAAUAACAGAAGAAAAUUCGCAGAUAGUAUAUUUGAUAAAAUUUCAAAUUUCAAAUUCCAACCUGUCACUUAUCCCAGCUAUUCAUCCACCAUCUCAAAAUCAAAGCCAAACAACCAAGAAUCUACACAAGCAAUCAUAGAUAACUCAGAUUCAAACCAAAUCGGUAUUAAUCAAGAAUCUCUUACUCAUCAAAACAAUAGUACAAAUAAAAAUACUAGAGCAAACAGAAAUAAAAAAAACGAAAAAGCUCCUAAUGAAGAACUUUUGCAAUCUAAAAGUCAAAAAUCAAAAAGAAAUCUACAUGCUAAAGCUAAAAAGGCAAACAUAUUUAUUGAAUGUGAAAAUCCAUAUAUUAAUGAUUAUUUUCAAAAAAAUGAUGAAUAUGAGAAAGAAACAGAUUUGAUCUUUGAUGACCAGAAACCACAAACAAACUAUAAAGUCUUUCAAGAACUUACCCUAGAAGAAGUAGAUAGAAUAUUAGACGAUUAUGAUAAAUGCGAGGAAUUAUGGGAAACUUCAACUGAAAUGAUCAGCGAUAAACCUAUAUGUAAUACUACUGUUUUUAAACUAAAACUAAAGGCUUUAAGAACAUGGAAAACAAAUUUGCUAUUGUUCCAAAAUGAAAAAGACAAUAUCAAAAGAUGGCUAGGAGAAACUGAUUUUACAAAGUUGAAAUUUAAUUCCAAUGAUAAAUAUACAAUUGAUAAAAUCUUAAAAUUAGUAGAUGGAAAUCCUUCCAACUUUUUUGAUUCGGGUGUUCAUCAUCGUUUUAGAGCAAAAGUAUUAAGAAUUCUAGGCCACUGGUCUCUAGAAACAAAAGAAGCAUACAUUGUCUAUAAAGACCAAUAUAGAGAAAUGAAUUUGCCGAAUAACCUUGAUGAAUUUAUAAGUUUUGUCACUCUACCUGCAAAAAUUUUAAAAGAGCUAAUACAGCUUAGAGUAUCCAAUUUUGAACAAAUUAACAACGUUAGUUUACGAAGAAAACUAGUCAACGUUGCUGAGUUUGAUGCCUUAUCAGCAGAUAUCAAAUCAUAUACAAGACUAGCAAUAGAAAUAAAAAGCACACUAAACAAUUUUCUACGUCCACAAAGAAACUGGGUUAUUUCUAGUUAUUUGGGAGAUGACUAUGAUAAAACACUCUUAAGUUCUGUUAAAAGUUACUUUAAAAUGUUAAAUCAAAAAUUGCUUGAUCGAUCAAUAAGAGAAGACACUUUCAAUACAUUUAGGGAAUCUGAAGAAUUGGAACACGAAUGGAGAUUUUUCAAAGACAUUGGUUAUGCUUUUGAUUUAGUCAAUUCGGUGGAUAUCGUCUUGCCUUAUAUAAAAAUAUUUUCACACCUUUCCAUGCGAUUAAAUCUUUUUCUUGAGAAUCAAUUGAGGGAUGAAAAUCCCAAUAUUACCUCUUAUACAGCAUCAAAAAGCUCUCCUUAUCCUAACUUGUUCAAAGGGGGUUUAGUUCCUGAAAAAUUAAUAAAAUUAAUGGAAGCAGAAAAUAAAAAUAAAAAUGGCAAAAAAAUAAAGCCCAAAGAAAAUAAAAUUGAAACAUUGAAUAAGGAAUUAGUUACCAGGUAUACUUCAGUUGCUGAAGGUUUCAGCAAUUUCAAAAAAUCUUUGGAUAUAAUUGAUUCUAGAUUGGAAACUGUCUUAAAUAAUUCUUCACUAAUUAGAUUAAAAUGUCUGAACAGUAGAUUUUUGGAAUUUCUCAAACAAAAAAAUCAUUAUUUGGUUAAAAUUGGCAAGAAAAAUGAAAAUUUUGAGUUUGAUUUCGAUAAUAAAACCGAAGAUGUUUCUUUGUAUUUAUUUUGUAAUGAAUCAGCAACCAAAUCUGAAAUUUCCAUUGUUAAAGCGAUUCUAGGGUCUAAUAUUUGCUGUUCAAGAGUAAGACCUAAUUUUACAGACCUUUUAAAUGCUAAAAAUCCUUUCACCUUGCGUGAAAACCAGUUUCCUAAAAAAAAAGCUUUUUCUGAUCACCAAGAAUAUCUGAUUAUGAUUCCUCUUAAAAAAAAUUUUACUUGGAAAGGAAAUGUGGUCAAAAUAAACUUGGAUCAUAUUGCUUCAAUCACAAAAUCAGAUUUUACAGUUCCAAAGAUAUUUAACAUUUCUUCAAAUAAUUGUCUUUUGAUCACUCAUGGACUAGUGAAUACUCUUGAAUCAGCCAAGUAUCAUUUUUUAGAAAAUGUUAAGACCUUUGAAGAUGAAAAUUUUAUUUUAUCUGAGAAUAAGCCUAUGACGAAUUCCAAAGACUAUUUAACCAUAGAAUCAGACUUGAUAAAAUUUUCAGGCAUCGAUACCUGUAGCAUAGAAGCAAUUGGAAAAGAGUUUGCUGGUUCAAAAAAAUAUUCUGAUAUGAUGAUGAUACAGUUGCUCCAAAAUUUGCCGGAGAUUAGAAAAAAAUAUAAAGAUUGUACCAAUAAAGAGCCAUUGCAAUUUUUAUAUGUUUUUGUUAGAAAAUAUGUUUUAGAAGGGUUUUCUAAAAUUGCAAAUAUUAAUAAAAAAAGGAUUUUAGAUCAUCUUUUAGUUGCUAGUUUAGACUGGCUAAAUUUUAUUGUUGAGGAUUGUAAUCCAUUUGAUAAGAGCACGUUUCAAUGGGCCAUUGCUACCAUUGAAUUCACUCAUUGGUUUCUUCAAAAUUAUGGAAUACACAGGCUUCCUGAUGAAAAGUUUAAACUGUAUAAGUUUAAUGUUGCAAAUUGUGUAUCAAUCUUAGUUAUAAAUUUUGAUGUUCUCGGUGCUCGUGCUGAAUACAAUCAAAGGUUACUUAAUUUAGAUCAGGUUGGAAAAAAAGAUAACCAGGGCAAAGAUGAAGACAUUGUCGCUUUGAAAUCAAAAGAAAGAAUGAAAUUAAUAAGUGAACUCGAAUUCAAUAGAGAUUCAAUGGCUAUUAAACAUGGUGAAAUUGGCCAGGUCAUGGAGGUUUCUCGACCAGUAACAAAAUAUAUUGAUUCUUUACUGAAAAAAUAUUUACAGUUUGCUCAUCAAUGGCAUAAAGGCCCCUUAAUAGGUCGUGGAUCAUUUGGUUCUGUUUAUCAGGGAGUAGAUUUAGAAACAAUGACUUCGUUAGCAAUAAAGGAAAUCAGAUUUCCUAACACUGGUGAUAUUUCUACUGUUUAUAGUAUGAUUGAGGGGGAAAUCAGCAUUUUAGAGCAAGUAAAUCAUCCCAAUGUUCUUGGUUACCAUGGACUAAAAGUGUACAGUGACAGAGUUUACUUGUUUACGGAAUAUUGUUCUGAAGGAGCAUUAUCAAGAUAUAUCAUCAAAAAGGCGGGUAUUAUAGACGAGUAUGGUGAUCGUUGGGAAAGAUUGAUUCAAUAUUAUACUUAUAAUAUAUUAAAAGGCCUCCAACAUUUACAUAGCAAAAACAUUGCUCAUUGUGAUUUAAAACCAGAAAAUAUUUUAUUAGCUGAAAUGGCUGAAGUGAAAAUUGGAGAUUUCGGAACCGCAAAAAUGUUAAACUCUGACAAAAAAAUUAUAUAUGGAACAAAAACCAAAUUUUUUCAGUCAAAAGGAACAUCUAAAACCAGAGGAAUAACUAGUGGGACACCAAUGUAUAUGGCUCCUGAAAUAAUAAAGGCAGAUAAACGACUUAACACAGAGUCAUUUUGUGCUUGCGAUAUAUGGUCAUUGGGUUGUAUUGUAUCUGAAAUGGUUACGGGACUUAGACCAUGGGAAAAUGCAGACAAUGAGUGGGCAAUAAUGUAUCAAAUAGCAUCUGAUAUGAUGCCAAAUCUCCCUAAACCUGAUGAAUUUAGUUCUGAUGGAAUUGAAUUUAUCAAAAAAUGUUUUAUUCAAGAACCAACUAAAAGACCUACUGCUGCAGAUCUUCUCAAUGAUCCUUGGAUUGAUUCAUGUCGUGAGAUAUUUGAAGAACAAGAUGCAGUAAAAUUGCAGCAGCGCGAAGCAACACUUAGGGCAAAUCAGGAAUAUAAUCGUCAGCACUACAGUCAAUUUGUUGAUCCAAACCAAAUAUUUGACGAAAGCCAAGAAUACAACCAAAAUCAAGUAUUUGAUGAGAAUCAAGAAUACUACGGCAAUCAACAAAUUCAAUAA